UCCCCCCGCGGCGCCCCACCUUUUCCUCCGCCCUCGCCGCGCGGCGCGUGUCACGCCCAGCCGCCAUGGCGAUCGACCACGACUCCCCCUGCAAGGAGCUCCUCCCCAAGGACCGCCGCAGCUUGGAUGAUGACGGCCCUGAGCCGGAGGAGGAGGACGAGAAGUCUGCGGAGGUGGAGGAGCAGGAGGACGAGGAGUCUGCGGAGGUGGAGGAGCAGGAGCAGGCGGCGUCCGCGAGCGGCGAGCGGUGGCCCCGGUGGCUGCGCCCCAUGAUGUCGGCGCGCUUCUACACGCCGUGCAAGACGCACCCCGACUCGCGCCGCGGCGGCGUGCGCGCCAUGUUCUGCCUCGACUGCGCCGACGUCGCCGGCGCGCUCUGCUCGCUGUGCGCCGACCAGGGCCACCGCGGCCACCGCGUCAUCCGGGUCCGCCGCUCCACCUACAGCAGCGUGCUCCUCGUGGCGGACGUCCGGGGCCUCCUGGACGUGGACGGCGUGCAGACCUACGUCAUCAACGGCGCGCGCGUCGUCUUCCUCAGGGAGCGCGGCCCGCAGCUCAGGCACGCCCGCAGCGCCUCGAGCUUCGUCAACCAGUGCGGCUGCGGCCGCGGCCUGCUCGAGGCCUUCCGCUUCUGCUCGCUCAGCUGCAAGUUCCCCGGCUGCCGCCACGACGGCAACGCCUCCUCCCCCCCUUCCUCCCCGCCGCGCAAUGCCGCCGACCGGACCUCGACGCCACCGCCGCCGCCGCAGCCUGCACACCGGCGCAAGGGCGUCCCGCACCGGGCGCCGUUCGGCAACCUCGCCGUCUGACUCCAGCCAGGGUUGCAUUGCAGUGAAGUUUUGACAGGGAGAAGGGAUUACUGAGUAGCCUUUGCCAUCUUUAGGACUGAAAAUCUUCUGCAGCUAAGUUAUGCAGAUGAUCCUGCUCUGCAACUUCCGGUCUUCAACUUCUGGUAAUUGUUCUUAACUUUUUGGUAAUGUCCUGAGAAUUUUUUUGGAUGUCAUGAGAAAGUAGUCUAAUAGUAUGACCAGCCAGGUAACAAUGGAAUAGUUUUGUGGUGACUUUUGAGUCUUGAUUGCUGCUAGCUGCAGCUGAUCUGUCUGUAAAUAUGGUUGCCGGCGGCAAGAUGGGGGGAUUGGGGAUGGGAGCAUGCUUGCUAAUUGAAUUCAGCUAUAUGCUUCCUGAUUGUGUUUCAUCGUGCAAAUGUCCAGAUGCUGUUGGUUGACAUUGAU